UUCAGUCGUCUUUGAGUGUUACUUCCGGGUGUCUCUGCCAUCAUGGUCGUGCUGAAGGGGAUCCCCUCGGUGCUGUCCCCCGAGCUGCUCUACGCUCUCGCUAAGAUGGGCCACGGGGAUGAAAUAGUGCUAGCUGAUGCAAACUUCCCGACGUCUUCAGUCUGUGCCUGUGGUCCUAAAGAGAUAAGAGCUGAUGGUUUGGGAAUCCCACACCUUCUGGAGGCCAUUUUGAAGCUGCUGCCCCUGGAUACCUACGUUGACUGUCCGGCUGCUGUCAUGGAUCUGGUGGACAGUGACAAAGAGAGCGGUCUGGUCGUCCCUGUGUGGGGCACCUACAUGGUGCUCAUCAGUCAGGCCGGGUCAAAGGCUCCAAUUGAAAAGGUGGAACGGUUUGCAUUCUAUGAACGAGCCAAGAAGGCCUACGCUGUUGUGGCAACAGGGGAAACUGCUCUGUAUGGGAACCUGAUUCUGAAGAAAGGAGUGAUUCCUGCUGAGCAGCUGCAGUGAUCAACACUCAACGUCAUGGUUCAUUUACAUCAAUUAUGUUUGCUGAAAAAGUCAAUAAUAAAAUUUCCAGUGAAAUAUUUUUUUCAAUAUUUGUUUCUGUGACUACGUAUAACCUGGAUUUUUAUCCAGUUUACUUGAAUGAUUGGAGAAUUGUGUAAAUUUACAUGUUGAAAUCUUAUUGUAAUAAUAAAAAAAAACGU